AUGGCGGCCGUGUGCCUCCAGAGACACGCGAGGGGACGUCCUCAAAGGCGGGUGUUUCGAGAGCUUGUGCGGCCGGCGCUGCACAUCUAUGUCGCGCAAGGGCCGCCACAGAUAUCUCCUUUCGGCAUUGGAGAUCGCCGGGCGAUCCUCUUGUCCCGCUUAAUGGCCAUUCUGGACGCGUACAAUGGCCUCAGGGGUUUAGUGCCCACUCUAUCAAACUUGACCUGCCGCAGCAGAAAGCACCGUCGACGAAACCGUGCCGCAGCAAGCCCGCCACUUUUCGGCAGUGAUGCCGCCAUGACGUCGACCGAUGGCGUCGUCGCUUUGCCUUCGUCAUCUCAUCCAGCCGCCAAAACAGAGGUUGUGGUUCAGAGGGCUAUCGUCAGUGACGAUACCGAGCGGCCUGACCAGGGACCAGAUUCCAGGGAGGGGGAAGAUGCAGCUUCAGCGGAAGCACCAAACAGCGGGAAAUGUACACCCGGCCGCACGCCGAAGGGAGGAGCACAAGAUGCAAGACGGGGCAACAACAGUAGCGAGGCUGCACAAGCUGCCGAGAGGGAGGCGACGAUUGUGCUGUGGGCGUUGAGGGAUGCCGCAGCUCGUGUAGUGCAGGAAGAGAUGCGGUGUUUCGCUCGCAGAAAACGCUGGCUGCUGGUGGGGACUGGGCAGAGGCAGCGGGAACCAGAAGAACACGGGGAUGAAGGGCGUUCGAAGUCUACGGUUGGCGUUGAAUCCCCCACAGGGACGGGCGUGGUUUACCAGCCGGAAGUGGCAGGAGGACUCCCGUGGGCGAUUGCUGCCGGGGUGUCGCCGAUAGCCCCCCCCUCUGCCUCCUUCUCCUCCUCCUCCGCGAGGGGGACGACCGGAAGAACGACGAUGGCAGGGACACCAUCAGCCACCGGCGGAUCCACCGGGAAAACCAUGACGGCAGACACAAGAAGAAGCUCCGUGACAGGGACAACGAUGGGGGAAAACAAAAGCAGAAGUGCGGACGACUCUUGGGCGUCGUCGUCCCCGACCCCGAACCGGUCUAACCACACCGCUUGUUCGACGGUUUCGAGCGCACGGAGCUCUCCGGCGACCCCAAGAACGACGACUGCUGCAGGGACACCAGCCUCCGGCGGAUACACCGGGAGAACCACGACAGCAGGAACAACAGGGAGCAGUUCCGCGACGAGAAGAACGAAGGACAGUGCAUGUGGCGAAAGUCCGGAAACCUAUUCGGUUUUGGUGUCGCCGACCACGAGCCGGUCUCCCCACACCGCUGGCUCGGCCGUUUCGACCCCAUGGAGCUUCCAGCAGUCCGCCAGAACAAGAACGCAAGGCGACAGCACAGGUGACCCUGCGCCGGAACUGGCCUGGACCUGGGAGGAAGAGAGGGGAGAAGGCGAGCCACCUGACGAGAAAAACGCGUGGACAAAUGCGAGACGGACGACUGGCAGGGCUGUACGAUGGCCUAUAUUGCCGUCUGAGGAGCGCAAGAAACGGGAAAACGAAGCGCAUUUGCGAAGGAACAAAUCUCGCUUGGGCGUGACCCUGAGGGGCUUGGCGAACUUAGAGUGCCAGGGUAAUUUCGUGCUGCCGGAGAUAAUCAGGAUGCAGGACAAGGCGGAUAUUCGAACGGGGCCAGGCGCAACAGGAAGCGCAUCAAUCCGAGUGGAAAGCCAAAACGGCCAGAGAGCGGCAGGAGAGGGCAGACAGGAUGCGCCUUACGCAAGCGCAAGUUGGAGCUUGGCCGUGGCGUACAACGUGGGCUCGUGGCGAGGGGGUCUCCGGCAGAGGUACUACUUCGGUCGCUUGGUUCGUUUUCUCGCUCACCGCCGGAGCCGAAAAGCUGCUCUCCGGGAACGCGUGACGGCCCGGAUGGCCAAGAGGCUCCAAGCAUGGGCUACUGUUCUCGCUAAGGAGAAGCGCUCUCUGGUUUGCGAAAUAAAAGCCCGCGCUCCCGCGGAGAUCGUCGGUGCUCACCUACGCUUCCUCUCGAGGACCGGAACGUGGGAGCGCCUGCUGCUCGACCUCAACCAAAUACUUGAAACCGCCGUGUCUCAGCGGGAACAAGCGGUUGGCCUGCUUUCGGAGCAAGUCGCUCUGGAAACGCGCGGUGCGUCUGGGCAAGGCCGAACAACUCACUCGGCGAGAACGUCGACGGCCUCACCCCACCGCUUCCCGAGGGCCCGAGUUGGUUCCUCCCACAACACCCACCAAAGAACGUCUUCCAGACACACCAGCAGCAGACAGGGAGGGUCGCCCGACACGUGGGCUGACGGCAGCUUCCGGGUAGCUCGGGGAGCAUCUUCGGCGGAGGAAUCGGGAAGAAAAGCAGGAGGGUCGCCCGGCCACCCCGCCAUCAGGGAAAAUAUAGCGGGAAGUCGGCACGACAGUCGUAGGGCCAGAUUGACAGCCGAGUCUAGGCGUAGGGUGGGUCUGACGGAAAUUGUGGAUGGGCGGAUCCUACGGUGCUUGCAUCCCUGGAUCGUCACCCUGCUGGCGAGGUCUGCGGUCCAGUUUGUGCCGUCCGUGCCGCACAAGCACAGGGUUGGCUUCCGCAUGGAUGACACUAGGAAGGUGGAGGCGCUUGCGGAGACGCAGCUGACGAGGCGUUACUGGAGGUUGCUGGAAGGCGUGUCGGACGCCGUCUCGCUUGUAGUUGCGGCCAAGAUCGAGGCGGCCACGCUAGCGGCGGAGGCGGGGGAGUGGCUUCUUCUUCUGGGAUUUGCGCACCACCUCGUGUCCAAGGGGCACGUUGGCCUUCCCUGUACUCUUCCCGCGCUGCCUCGGAACAGCAGCAUCAACGGGCCCGCCAGCAGCAUCAAGGUGAAAGAGUCCCUGGACUUGUUCAUCGUCCACGCCGCCUAUGCAUGCGUGCUGCACCCGGGCCCCCUAAGCAAUGCAAUGGUCGCUGCCGGCCUCGGCGGGGGCCUUGGUUGGUGGAACGGUGGAGAUACCGAACAGGCUUGGUGGAGAGCAGUGUGCGGCGGGAAAGAAGCGGCCAAGCGUUUGCGCGACGACGGCUGCGACACGGUAGGAAAGCUCUACACGUACGUCCGAGGCUCAGCAGUCGGGUGCUCUUCCUCGUCCUCCUCCUUGGCGGGAUGCGGUGACGGUGCUGCCCCGAAAAAAGCCAGAUCCCGCACGAAGAAGCUGCGGAGGCUAGUAAACGACGAUGAUCUAGCCACGAAGAUAGCGUCGCUGCUGCGGCGUCUGAUGUCCGCCUUCGAAGAGCUGCGGAAACAACAUCUUUGGCCGACGGUCUCCAAAGCAGCUAUCGACCGCACCAACCGAAGAUUACAGCUUCCUCGCAUGGCCGGCACGGCACCAACCCCAGGUUCAGCCGAAGUAUCCUCUAAGGGUACUCGGACGUCAAGGGAAGGCUUGAUACGUUGA